CCCACUGCAGCGGAAUGGCAAUUGAUUCGGAACCGGAAUCAGUUAGACAGCGCUUAGUAGAUAGAUUCAUGUCCACCGGCAAUACAGAAUGUCUGCAUCUUUGGGCGUAUAAUACCCGACCAGUAGGAGCACACUGGUUGCUGCUUGCUAUCAACCCUAUAAGGGAAGUCGUGUAUUAUCUGAAUUCGGUAAAUGGUGAAUGGACCAAUUAUCCGGCCAUGAAGGACAUCGUUGAUUUAUCAAUACAAGUGUUCCGAAGUCAACGGGACGCACAGGUAUCCCGAACUAAAUCUAGCAACAUUACUUGGAUCCAAGUGCAGUGUCCGCAACAGAAAAACAGUUACGAUUGCGGAUACUUUGUAUUGAGGUUUAUGAAAGAAAUCCUUCAGGCAAAUCAAUUAGAGAUUCCGCUCACGUACCUUGACGAAUUCCGUGCCGCUGGAUACCCGAGACUUAAGUUGGAAGAAAUAAAAGAGGAUUUGUGUCAUUUUUAUAUUAAGCGCUUUUUCAUGUAGGAUUUGUGUCGAAUUGAAGUACUAUAAUAUUAUUGAUGUUGUA